CAGGUAGCUCAGAUUUCUCAAAGGCGCGGGGCACGCCGCUAGUGACUUAGCGCCAUGCCGCUGCAACGGCUGGAUGAAGCCUUUGGCGUGGGGAGGCGAGCGGAAGGAGAGCGGCGCGUGCUACGAACCUACAAGUGGAUGCAGUUCCGGGGCAAAGAAGAGGUCACGGACUUUGACGAGGCCCACUUCGCCACCGAGGGCAUCUUCUCCCAGAACUCCUCGGAGGGCCACAAGGAGUACCAGGACCGACUCCGCAGCAUCCACCUCCGCAAGGAGGGCAUGGAGAAGGCGGCGAUCGCCAAAGCGCUGGGCCGUUCCGAGCGCUUCGUGGCCAAGUGGUGGCAGAAGGAGCCGAAGGAAAUCCCGAGGCCUUGGGGUGUGCACGAGUACCUCACCAAGGACAUGGGUCGCAAUGCGCGUGGCGUUGGCUCUACCAAUGGGGCCACCAUGACGGACGAGUCGGCGGCGGAUGUCGCUACCUGGUGGCGGGAUGUGGAGGUCAAGCGGAAAUUCGCGGAUGAUCCAGUCAUCUAUGAGGAGAUCCUCAACAACACGGACUGGAAGCCCAACAAUGCGCGCACCCGUGACUUCGCCACGGGGGCCUACCACCUGAAGUAUGACCAGCGCGGCAACAUCCGAUGGGAAGGCCACCAAGCGGGCAAGUACAAACCCGGACUGUCGCCUGCUAUGGACAAGGCGAUUCAGAAGCUCUUUGUCGAAUAUGGCAUUGCUGACAGGACAUCGGGCAUCAUCACAAACUGGUAUCCGGAUGGUCAAGGAUACUUGGGGAGCCACCGCCACGAUUGCUGGACAGCUCUCUUCAGUUUCGGCCAUGAGCGCAUCCUCACUAUUGACAACACCCCGCUGCUGAUGCAGGAUGGCGACCUGUGUAUCUUUGGAACGCAGAGGCACGGAGUGCCCGUAAUGCCGGAGAUCUCCGAUGGGCGAAUCACGCUGGUGGUCUUCUUUUACCCCAACGAGAUGCAGAAGAAGGGCAUGUGGCAGACCAUCACAGACCCCGAGACCAUGGAGGCGUCGCCGGCUUUGGGCCGCAUGCUGCAUGACCGACACCUGGGCGCGCAGGCAGAGAAAGGCUCCUGGGACAAGGAGCUCCUAGCGCUGCAACAGCUGGGCUUUGCUCGUGCCGACGCGUUAGUGGCACUGCAGGGCAGCCACGGAGAUGUGGACAAGGCCGCCGAGCUGCUGCUGAUGAGUGGCGCUGUGCCUGAAGAGGCCAGCCCGGAGACAGGGCGCUGGAAGUCGGAAGGCCAUAGUACCUCGAGCGCAUCUACAGCAAUAGGCACAGCCUCUUCCUCCUCUGAGGCGCCGGAGGAUGAGCAGCUGGCACGACAGCUGCUGGAGGUGCCCAUGUCCGAUGCAGAAGUGGCAGCACUGGCCAUGCAGCUGGAAGAGCUGGAGGGCCCCAGGGAGUGGGAUCCCUCGCUCCUGGCAGCGCAGUUCCAGGAGUAUGAGGAGAAGUUUACCCUGGAGGACGCGGAGCGCUGGAACGGCCACGGGGACUUGAUGCAUUCGCCCUUCUCACGGGAGCACCUCUCGCUGGAGAAGAUGGAUCCGGUGACCUUGUACUCUGUCGGGCACGGCGACAUGUUGGAGAAGGACUUUUGGGAGAUGCUGCAGUGCCACUCCAUCAGGGUGCUCUACGACAUCCGGCCCACCGAUCACAGGGGCGAGCUGUUUGCUCGGCACCAGCGCUUCAACGUACAAGCCCUCCGGAGCCAAUGUCGCGCACGCGGCAUCUUCUUCAAGCCAAUGCCGGUGGGCAGGGAGUCUGCCUAUGGCACACUUGCACACAUCAGGAGCGACGAGGGGCGCCAUACCCUGGUGGAGCUUGCCUGGCAGGCAAAGAGGAAGCGCACGGCUUUCAUGGGCAGUGAAGAGCUGUGGCAAGAUGACAAUCGGCAGGUGGUCGCCGAGGAGCUGGUCAAAGCAGGCCACCUUGUGGAGCACGUGCGCACGGACGGCUCGACGGAGAAGCACCUGACGGUGCAGUAUCCUGACUGGCUUCUGCGGGAGGAGGACCGCCUCCGGUUGCUGGAGAAGAAGCGGCAAGCGGGCGAGGCAAACACCACGGUGCACAAGUCCCGGCUGGAACGGAGCUCGGAGGCGGUAGCGGCACGCCUUGCCCGGCCCGUGGAAGAGUUGGAUGCCAUGACGGAGCUCCGCAAUGCCGCCAAUCAAACGGAGCUGGUGGUGGCCCAGCGCAAGCUGGCGCGGUACCAGCGCCUGGCGGAGGAGAAGGGGCUCCUGGCCAACAAGGUCCUCAAGAACGUGCCUGAGUGGGUUCGGGAGGCGAGGCACUGCGGCUUCAGUGGAAGCGGCGAGUCCUGGAAGGAUGCCAUGAAGCAAGCUGAAUGGGUGGCCGCAAAGAAGAAGGAAAAAGCCGAGCAGGCAGCUGGGGCAAAUGGCAAGGGAGAGGACAAGACCUCCGAAAGCCCUGCAGGCUCCUCGCCUGCAGAACCUGAGCCGGACACGCAGGCGCCGGCGCGGGAGCCGGAGGCUGAAGAGAGGCCGCGUCGGGGGCGAUGGGCCAGACAUCGAGAGGUGUGACCCGGUGAUGUACACGGCUCGCCCCGUGCUGGAGCACGUCUUGAGCAGCAUCAAAGCGGACUUGGCGGCGACAGCAUGUGCAACACAUGCCCGCAGCGGUCCACUUCCUCGCCUGUACGGCCCCAUAGGAGACAUUGUGUACAGACAGGUGGCCAUCCAAGAAGGCACUUGGGCUCUC